AUGCAGCCUUUACCUGGCUGUGAGCAUCCUCUACAUAAAGUUUGUCGUCUUCGUCGAGCUAUUUAUGGGCUCAAACAGGUUCCUCAGACUUGGUUCAAAUUUCAAUUAGUGGUUUCACAACAAGACUUUUUUUCUAGCCCAUAUGAAUUUGCCCUAUUUCUUCGUAAUACUGGUGUAGUUAAUAUCAUUCUUCUUCUCAAUGUGGAUGGUAUGAUUACUACUAGUGAUGAUAUUGCUGGUAUUCGAUAUCUUCAAAAUUUUCAUAGUCAAAAUUUUGAGAUGAAGAAUUUGGGAUACCUUAACUACCUUCUUGGUGUAGAAGUUAAUUCAAGUCAGGAUGGUUAUUAUCUCACUCAAGCCAAAUAUGCUUCUAGUUUAGUUUCCAAAGCUGGGUUGAUAAAUAGCAAGAUAGACAAUAGUCCACUUGAGUAUAAUACCAAACUACUGGCCACUGACGGUGUCUCACUUUCGGAUGCAACACUUAAUCAACAGUUAGUUAGCAGUCUCAUUUAUCUUGAUGUCACCGAGCCUGACAUUUUAUAUGUUGUUUAUCUGGUCAGUCAAUUCAAGAGCACGUCUCGAUCUACCCAUUUUGCUAAUGUUCUUCGAAUAUUACGCUAUAUCAAUGGCACUCUGUUUCAUGGUCUACACUUCUCAUCACACUUAUCUCUUGAGAUACAGACUUAUUCUAAUGCAGGCUGGGCUGGUGAUCCCAUUGAUCGUCACUCUACCACUGGUUACUAUUUUUUACUUGGUACUUAUUUGAUUUCAUGGCAUAGUAAGAAACAAUCCGUUGUUGCCCGUUCUAGCACUAAAACUAAGCAUCAUGCCCUCACUAAUACAACAUGUUAA